AUGAAGUCGGUCUCCGACGCUUUGUCAUUGGAAGGUGCGACCACCACUUAUUGGACGGAUUCUACGACCGCGUUAGCGUGGAUCCAACGUAAUGACGGUUGGGGCACUUUUGUCGGAAAUCGAGUGCGAUGUAUUUUGAAGUUGUCAAGUGCUGAAAACUGGAGACACGUUCCCGGUGUCAUGAAUCCAGCGGACCUCCCCUCCAGAGGAUGCGACUCACGAGAGCUUCUGGAAUCCAAAUGGUGGGAGGGACCCGACUGGCUUAAAGGAGAUGAAGACAAUUGGCCAUCACGAGAAGUUGACCAAGAUGAAGUGGAAGUUGCAGCAGAGAAGAAAGCAGCGACGACCCAGAUGACAAGUGCAAGUCAAGUUGAAGAGUCGUGGUAUGUGAAGCGAUUCUCAAGUUUUAAGAAGAAUGUGCGAGUCAUUGCAUGGAUAAGAAGAUUUGCUAAGAAUGCAAGACCAUCGUCACAAUCACGAGUAAGUGGUCCACUUAUGAUUGAAGAGAUCAUCAAUGCGGAAAAGUGCAUUGUGAAGUUGAUACAAAAAGAAGUUUUCACUGGAGAAAAUUCCAUCAGAGGAAUGGAAACUGUAGUGGACGACGAUGGUAUUAUCCGAGUGGUAACUAAGUUAUUCCACUGUCAAGAACCAGAUGGAUUCCGAAGACCAAUGCUGUUACCGAAGUCUCAUCCAGCCGUUGAGAUGUUGAUUCGGGACUGCCACUUGGAGAAUUCUCAUGCAGGAGCUCAAUUCCUCAUGGGAAAGUUAAGAGAAAGUUAUUGGAUUCUACAAGGAAGACAAGCUAUAAAGAAAGUGAUUUCGUCAUGCGUGAGAUGCAGACGAUUUAAUGCAAAGGAGCCCAUUGUACCACGAGGACAACUUCCGGACAACAGAGUUAAGAUGGGGAAAGUAUUUGAAGUGACAGGAGUCGACUACGCCGGGCCCCUCUAUUUAAAGGACAAGAGUAAAGUUUGGUUUUGUCUCUUUACGUGUGCGGUGUAUCGUUGUGUCCACCUUGAAGUUGUCAACUCUUUGUCGACGGAGGCGUUCAUCAUGACCUUGGAUCGCUUCAUCGCAAGGAGAGGGCGUCCCUCCAUUAUUUACAGCGACAACGGAACAAAUUUUGUCGGGGCUGUAAAUCUUUUCAAGAAUAUUGACUGGUCUCAGGUUGAAAAGGAAACUGAGACGAAGAGGAUUAAGUGGAUUUUUAGUCCACCAUCAUCGCCAUGGUGGGGAGGAUGGUGGGAGCGGCUCGUCAAGACGGUCAAAGACCUUAUCAAAAGGAUGCUAGGGAAUGCAAGGUUGAAUUUGGAGCAGUUGGCGUCCUGUCUAUGUACCGUGGAAGCAACGGUCAACGGGCGGCCGCUUACAUUUGUCACAGAGGAUCCGACGGAUUUAAUACCCAUCACUCCUGCAAUGUUUAUUCAGGAUAUUGAAGAUGCAAGUUAUCCCGAGUUUGGACUUUCGGAUGGGGACAUCUUGAGGAUGAAGAAUCGAAACAUGCAAGUCAAGUUAAGGGAACAGCUUCGUGGGAGGUUCAGAAAAGAGUACCUCGGCCAACUCGUUCAGCGUGGAAACGAAAACGGAUCGAAACAGUUCAAGGUCAACGAGUUGGUGCUUAUCGCCAACAGUUAUCGAUAA